CUGCAACACAAGGGAAUAAAAUUGUGGGUUUGAAGUAUAAUCCCACAUCCAUUGCUAUCUAGAAAAUGUCUUAUGGAUCCAUUGAUGGGAGUGGAUUUGGGAGCAGAAAUCCAUUUGGAGGCCCUUCGAGACAAGGCUAUCAACCUCUCGCCACCCAGAUUGAUCCCAGCGAACUACAGGAACUUUUUCAGGAGACUUCAGCCAAUGUCUUCCGAAUUAACUCCAAUGUGACCUCUCUGGAACGAAGCCUUCGAUCUCUGGGGACCUCAAAUGAUACUCAAGAGCUGCAGGAUGGACUGCAUGCAACCCAGCAGGAGACUAAUAAAACCAUCACGACUAGCACCAAAGCCAUCAAGCAGCUAUCUGAGGUUGUCAGAGGCUCAUCCAGGCAAGAGCGACUUCAGCUGGACAGGCUGAAGAACCAGCUGUCAGAUGCCAUCCAGAGAUACGGAGCUGUGCAGAAGAAAAUAGCAGAGAAAUCCAAAGCUUUGCUUCCUACUGGGCAGAGAAGUACCAAACAGAGCCCUAGAACUCCCUUCUCUGACCUACCUGAUGAUGAGAAGAUCUUUAAUGGAGGAGAUGGCACGUGGCAGAACCAGAGCCAGGAUCAAGCCUUGCUCUCGGAAAUCACGGAAGAGGAUCUGGAGGCCAUCCGUCAGCGGGAAGAGGCCAUUCAGCAGAUUGAGAGUGACAUGUUGGAUGUUAACCAGAUCAUUAAAGACUUGGCCUCCAUGGUGCAUGAGCAAGGAGACACAAUAGAUAGCAUUGAAGCCAACAUUGAGACUGCAUCUUCUAAUGUAGAAUCAGCCAAUGAGCAGUUGGCAAAAGCCAGUCAGCACCAACUACGAGCCAGGAAGAUGAAGUGCUGCCUUCUCUCUGUCGCAUUGGCCGUUCUGCUGUUCAUUGUCGUAAUCAUUGCGGUCUCAGUCAAGCACUGAUCUGGCUGUGGUUUCCACAGAGCCUGUGAUCACCCUGUGAAGUGGAAUGGAUUCUCAAGGCAUUUCACAUUCAGGCCCCACGUCAAUGUCUGCUUUACCGAUCACGUCAUAUUAAAACUGCUAUAGCCAACAAACACUAAUUGUAUGAAAGAAAAGCUAAGUUUUAUACUGUGUGUUAGUAUAAUUGUGAAUAAUUUUUCCUUUUUUUUUUCCCUUCAUUGCAGACAUGUUUUACCUUAUAUUACAGAUUUUAAUUAUGUCCCCUGCGUAUCUGGGGAAUGCUAUUUCUUUGCCUCCAGAUUUGGUACACAGCGUGCUAUAAGAUACGUAGCGGUUAAUUCAUCUUUAUUGUUUGUGUUUUUAACAUGCUCUUGAUCUCCAGUUCUGCUCAUUUAAAACCAUGAAAGUCAACAUGUUAUUUUUGAUUCUUUUUUGUUGUUGUUUUUGUAUAUUUUAAAAAUAAUGUAGCUUAGAUUCUCAUACCAUGCACUGCUGUUUUAGAAUUUCCUCUGCCAUUUCUGAGCUAAGCAAUUUUACGACUCUAUGUGCCAUUUACAAACACAUCAAUUAGAUGCUUAUUUGAUCCCAUUGUAUGCAUAGAACACCACAUUUAUUUAUGAGAAACACUAGUGAAAGAGCAGGACAAAUAAAGAUUAAGAUAUAUUGUUACCAUUUUUUUAAAAGAAAAACACCUUUAAUCUGUUAAAAAGAUCAAGCAAGUUGUGUCAUGAAAAAUGUCAGAUUUUGCAUUAGAUUUCAUUUCAUAUGUCUCAAUGCAACCAGCACUUGGGAUUUUGUUCCAUUUGCACACACAAUAUUUUCUGCUGAAAACAUGAUUGCAAAUGUCAUUUAAAUUCUUCUUUAAAUGUGUUGUGUACUAUAAAUGCAUUUUUCCUCCAGUAAAUAAAGCAUUUCAAAAAUGG